AUGCCGUCUCCAUUAUCUCCGCAAGUGGUUCAAGCCGACUCCACGCCGGUCACGCACGUCCGUGUUGUGGUACACACCCUUGGUGCAGCCGGCCCAAAUACCAGCGACAAUCAUUGGUCAAUCUACUUGCUCCAUUCUGAUCGCGUGUCGUCAACUCGCAUUAACAUGAGGGCCGAAUUUGAUGAUCCGACGGGGAUCCUUGAGUGGACCCAGCAUGGCUACACCCAAACUACAUCUGCCAUCACGUAUUGGGACUUCCCAGUCGCGGCAGGAGUUACUGUAUUAUUCUUCGCACGCCUCAUCUAUAGCCUUCGCCGUGAUAGAUACGAGAUGUCCGGGGGAGGCUCGGGUUGCCGGUGGUGGGUCUAUACCGUCGUAUCCGACCUAGCACAGAAAAACUACAUCCACCAGGCUACCCCCAACGAAAUUUGGCCGAAUCUAUUAUAUCUAUAUCACAUGAAUAAGGAGCGAAAGCCAUUACGCAUGGUUCAGGGAGAGUUCUAUUAG